AUGGCGGUAGUUUUGUCAAAUGUCAACUCCAAGGCCGGCCUCCAAAAGCUUAAUGACCACCUUCUCACCCGCAGUUACAUGACUGCGUACCAAGCUUCAAAGGAUGACAUGGCUGUCUUCCCUGCACUUUCAUCUUCUCCCCCAUCAAGCUAUGUCAAUGUUACGAGGUGGUAUGAUCAUAUCAGUGCUCUCCUAAGGUCCUGUGGAAUCACAGCAGAGGGUAAUGGUGUCAGGGUUGAGGCAACUUGUUCUGUGUCUUCAGCUCCUGGAGUUGCUGAACAAAAGGCACCGGCGGUUGAUGAAGAUGAUGAUGUUGACCUAUUUGGUAAGGAGACCGAAGAAGAGCAUGCAGCAACGGAUGCACGUGCAGCAGCUGUUAAGGCUUCCGGCAAGAAGAAAGAGUCUGGGAAGUCGUCAAUUCUUCUGGAUGUCAAGCCAUGGGACGAUGAAACUGAAAUGCAAAAGCUAGAGGAAGCUGUUAGAAGUGUGAAGAUGGAGGGACUGCUCUGGGGUGCAUCAAAACUUGUUCCAGUUGGAUAUGGCAUCAAGAAGAUGCAAAUUAUGAUGACCAUUGUGGAUGACCUUGUUUCUGUCGACAGUCUGAUAGAGGAUCAUCUCUGCACUGAACCUGCCAAUGAGUACAUCCAAAGCUGUGACAUUGUAGCCUUCAACAAAAUCUAAAACUGGAUCAUGAAGGAACCAAAGUGAAGUGGAGUACCUUAUUCUAGUUCUCAUUACUUUCUGCACCGCUCAUGAUAGAUACCAGGAAUUAUAUGUGUUUUCCUUUGGACUGGUUUGCUGUAAAAAUGACUGCAUUUGUUGCCUGAAAGAUGAUUUGUGUUGGAUGUUUCUGUGGAACGUUGCUCGAGUUAUGUAUAAAGGAAGCCUUCAGAGCCGAUGUUAACUUGGGAACUUAGUUUGGAAA